AUAGAAGGAGGAAAUAUACACAUUCCAUAACUUUUCUUUUUGCUAUUUUUACAAAAGCCCAAUAAUAUAAUACUAUGCGAAUAUUAAAGUACAAAUUAAAAAACAACUCAAGAGGAGGUGUAGGUUUGGUUGCAUUUGAGUUCAUUAGUUCUUUUGUGCUGUGUAGCUAACGAGUGUUGAGAUGAUAAAUCAAUUAUUGCAUACUAAAACCAAAAAAGAAAAUGAAAGAAUAAGAAGUUGAGAUGGGACCAUUUUCUAUAGAGUAAUUGUUUUGAUAAAAAUUUACCAAAAAUAUUUAGAAUAUUUUAGUAAAUGUUUGUGUAUAUAUAUAUAAUGUUUGUGUAUAUAUAUAUAUAAUGUUUGUAAAUAUCUUUUUGUCAUAAAUAAAUGAAGGCGAAAUAGAUAGACAAGUAGAAAGAAAGUGUAAAGCUAAACAUACCCAACGGAUUCCAACGCAAUGUUCAUCCUUCCAUGUCUCAAUGAAUCUCUCACCUCAUUCUCCACACUCAUCUUCUUCAUUUCUCUUCUCCUUCUCCUUCUAAUCCCCAAACUCAAAUCAAAACCCAACCAAAAUCUCCCACCAUCCCCACCAAAACUUCCUUUAAUUGGAAACCUCCACCAGCUAAACCACCAUCCCCAUCUCUGUUUCCACCGCCUCUCUCAAAAGUUCGGUCCCAUCAUCCUCCUUCAACUCGGACAAAUCCCAACUCUCAUAAUCUCAUCACCAAAAGUCACCAAAGAAGCCUUCAAAACCCACGACCUCUACUUCUCAAGCCGCCCCCUUCUCUUCUCCGCCCAACACAUCUUCUACAACUGCACUGACAUUGCCUUUGCCCCUUACGGCUCUUACUGGCGCCAAGUCAGAAAAAUCUGCAUCCUCCAACUCCUUAAUGCCAAAAGGGUCCAAUCCUUUGCCUUCAUUCGACAACAAGAAGUUGCCCGUUUGGUAAAAAGAAUCUCCCACUCCAACAAUCCGGUCGAUUUGUCCAACUUGUUAGCGAUGUAUGGUAAUGAUGUGAUCUGCCGAAUGGCGCUUGGGAGGGAAUUUUCCGCCGGUGGUGCAUACCAUCUUCACGGGAUUCAAGAAUUACUCGAAGAGUUUCAGCUUUUGCUUCGUGGGUUCUGUUUUGGGGAUUUGUUCCCUUCCUUGUCAUUUAUCAGUAAUCUAACAGGGUUGAAAUCGAGGCUUGUAAGGACGUUUAAAAGGUUCGAUAAGUUGCUUGAUCAAGUAAUAGUUGAACAUCAGAGUCCCGAGGGAGAGAAACUUGGAGAAUCUAAGGAUCUUGUUGAUGUUUUGCUUGAUAUACAAAAGAAUGGAUCUGAUGAUAGAUUUCCCCUGACUAUGGAUAAUGUUAAAGCCAUUCUUUUGGACAUGUUUAUUGCAGGGACUGAAACAACGUUUACAGCUCUUGAUUGGGGCAUGACGGAGCUAAUAACACACCCAAAGGUCAUGGAAAGAGCACAAAACGAAAUUCGAAGCAUUGUUGGUGAGAAAAAAAUUGUAACAGAGGAUGAUGUUUUAGAAAUGCAUUACUUGAAAGCUGUGGUUAAAGAGGUGCUCCGGUUGCAUCCACCAGCGCCGCUUGCACUUCCAAGAGAAACUACAAAAAAUGUGAGGAUUGAAGGUUACGAUAUUCCAGCUAAAACAAGGGUUUUUGUGAAUGUUUGGGGAAUUGGAAGAGACCCAGAAUCGUGGAAGAACCCAGAAAGUUUUGAGCCAGAGAGAUUUAUAGAGAAUGAAGUUGAUUACAGAGGGCUGGAUUUUGAGUUCAUUCCGUUUGGAGUUGGAAGAAGGAUUUGUCCAGGUAUUACUUUGGGGAUCGCCAUGAUCGAGAUAGCUUUUGCUCAGAUUUUGCAUAGCUUUGAUUGGGAGCUUCCAAAUGGGAUUGAAGUUAAGGAUUUAGAUAUGACCGAAGUUGUUGGUGUCACAAUGCAUAGAAAAGCUCACUUGGAGGUUGUAGCAAAACCCUACUUUGGUUCAUCCAUCACAAAUUAAUUACUAUUACUUUUGUUACGUUUAAA